AUGGAUUCAAGUUUCUCAGAGGAAGAAAGCUCAAAAAUCGAGUCCUGGGUUUCAAUUCGUUUUCUCAAAGAAGCAGCCAAUAUUCAAUCAGUCUACCGUCAACGCAGCCGCAGCUCUUCUCUAGACUCUUCUUCUCCAAUCCCAUCAGAAGAACCAAGCAUUACAUCUGAAUGGAAGCCUAACGCCUUCAUCAACCAAAGCAUCUGUUUCAGCGCUGUUAACAGAACUCAGCCUCUAGAACCACCCAAACCUACUGAAACCUCCCAAGAAUUGGAAGACUUACACUGUCUCUUGCAAAUCAAAGACACCAAAAUCCAAAAAAUCAAACAAAAAUACCAAAAUUUGUUAGAGAAAACGAAUAAAGAGCUAGUUGAGGCAAAAUUACACUAUAAACAGGCAAAUCAAGAGAUAGCAACGCUGAAGAAAAUGAACGACAUGAUAAAAGAACAAAAUGCAAAGCAAAUAGAAGACCUACAAAUGAGGCAUGAAAAGAAAUUGCAGAGGGUAAAACAAGAUGUAGAUAGCUAUUUAAGCGAGCUCUAUGAAAAAGCUGCAGUUUAUGUAACGGAAAAACUGAAAAUUUCACAUAAAAAAGAAAUGAUGGGGUUAAGAGAACAGUAUGAAGAGGAGAUCAGCAGGAUAAGGAUGGAUUAUGAAGCAGAAAUUGAAGAAAAAGAGUAUGAAAAUCAAAAAUUACUAGAGCAAUUAGAAGAGCAGACUGAAGAAUUUACAGAAGAAACAUCAGAAAAAUACGAAAAUUUAAUUAAAAAACAUGCACAAAAGAAAAAGCAUAAGAAAGAUAGAAAACUUGAAACAAUGAUGAGACAUAUAGAAGAACAAAAACUAAUCAUCGAGUCACAACAGAGGAUUAUUGAUGAUUUAAGCAGAGAGCUGCAAGAAACCUUCAGAAGAAAAUCAAGGCUGAGCAGCUCAUCUAAUAAAUCUUGCCAUAUAAAAUCCCAAAAAAGCUUUCAAGGACUACUUGAUCAGCUAAAUGGAUUUUUAGAUACAGCAGAUCCAAGCACUUCAAGAGAGCUUGAAGAUACUUUAAGAGGCCUCCAAAGCCGCCAAGGAAGCUCAGAAAAAUUAAGUUUUUAA